UUCAAACCAACCACACUCAUUCAUACUCUCAAUCAUCAAACAGGCAGUCUAAUUCAUCGUUGAAAUUCUAAAUCCUCCUGUUCCCUCCCUCCUCUCUUCCAUUUGUCAAAAGUCCACGCUCUCUUAACCACUUCAUGACAUUUACCACUGCGACUGCGAAGCCUUUCCAGGAUACCUCGAGGGAAGAGGUUUUAAUACAACAAUCUCGAGAGACAGGGCAAGCGGUGCCAGUCGGUCAGAAUAAUGUCCCUUCCACGGUGACAAAGGAAGGGCCGGCAGUAAAGCCAUGGGCCCAUUUUGUCGCAGGAGGCGUCGGUGGAAUGACAGCCGCGGCCUUGACAUCUCCCCUCGACGUUCUUAAAACACGAUUGCAAUCCGACUUUUACCAGGCUCAAUUGAAAGCACUGCAUGCGCAACAUCAUCUACCUCAGAAAACCACUUUGACGUCCAUCCCCCGUUCCGCCUUUUUCCAUCUUGCCGAGACGUUCCAGAUUCUUCGAUCCAUACACCAACAUGAAGGCUUCCGAGCACUUUUCCGCGGCCUCGGCGCCAACCUGGUUGGUGUGGUACCUGCCCGAGCCAUCAACUUCUACGUCUAUGGCAACGGAAAGCGCAUUUUGAACAACCAUUUCAACCCAGAAGGCAAAGAAAACGUCUGGAGUGUUCACCUCAUCGCUGCUGCGAUCGCCGGGAUCGCCACCGGGACAGCAACAAAUCCAAUCUGGCUGGUCAAGACGAGACUACAACUGGACAAGAACAACGCAAGCCAUGAUCCCUUGCGCCAGCGCCAGUACCGGAAUAGUUGGGAUUGCAUUAAACAAACCGUUCGACACGAAGGCAUUCGCGGUCUGUAUCGCGGCCUCUCAGCAUCGUAUCUCGGUGUCACCGAGUCAACGCUGCAAUGGGUCAUGUAUGAAAGGAUGAAGCUGGGUCUGGCACGACGAGAGGCAAAAAAGCUCGCCACUCCAGGAUAUCAACCAACAUGGCUCGACAACACGGAAGCAUGGGCGGGCAAAUUCUCAGCCGCUGCCGGGGCAAAGUGCGUAGCUGCAGUCGCAACAUAUCCGCAUGAAGUGGUAAGGACGAGAUUACGACAAGCACCGACGACCAUCACGCCUGAUGGCAAGGUCACAAUCAAGUACACUGGACUAGUUCAGUGCUUCAAACUAGUGGCUAAAGAGGAGGGACUCGCUGGUCUUUACGGUGGCAUGACGCCGCACUUGCUGCGUGCAGUUCCCAGUGCGGCCAUCAUGUUCGGAACGUACGAAAUCAUUCUUCGACUCGUGGGAACAACAGCCUAGUUUGAUUCAACAAUGUUUGAGUAUCACUGGAAACCCCUCGCGCAAUUUACAAGUCUCAACAAAAGGGACUUUGUUUACAAAAGACUUGUAUCCCAUCUCUUGACGACUCUCAGCCGUUCUUCUACCUGUCUUCAACAUCAGAUUCAGCAUACCUUGUACAACAUGGGAAUUUGCAUGAGGCGUUACUGGACAUGAUUAUAGUGUCUUGUGAUUGAGAUAUCCACCACUCGAUAGACUACCAUUUUAAUAAUCAGAAAAGUCAUUUGUUUGA